UCAUGACGUAUCGAUGCCAAACAAUGGGCAGGAAAAAGCCACGUUGACGAACUCGGGUGAAGUCUGCCUGUUUUUUCCUUCGCGAAAACAAGUGUUUAUUCUCUCCAUCGCGCGGCUCUUUGGCGGUUUUGUGAGAGACGCGACACAUUAGCCAUGUCAUCGCCGCCGAAAGAGAAACACGAAACUCGAGCUGGACACCUCCCUGCUGUCAAAGCAGGAGGCAUGAGGAUAGUCCAGAAACACCAGUCGGCUGGCGAUCCGGUGUCGGACAGGAAAGAAGACAAGGACAGUAAAGAGUUUGAGAGUUGUAGCCCACCAAAGCCAGUGGUUGUGGUCUCUGGAGUAGUGACUAAGGGGGAUAAGGACUUCACCCCAGCUGCUGCUCAAGUGGCCCAUACAAAACCUGUGCCAGCGGUGCAAAAGCUCCCCCCGGCCCACCACAUCAACCAGCACAUUCACCAGCCCCGCAAGUGAGGCUCCACCCCCCUCUUCCCGCACCGGCACUAGCGCACCAGCCGUGUCCAGGACCACACCUGCCAACCCUCCCCAACCCAGCGCUCAGGUUACCAGGGAUCUCCUGGCUUUAAGCAUUCCGCAAGACCCCAUCUGUUCGUGCCUGCAAGCAUCCUGCCUUGACCAAUAUCAUGACAAACUGCUCUACUAUAUUGCCCUAUUCUGUUCCCUUUCGUAGAUCCUUACAACACUAAAUUUUGAGGGCUUCAUCACCAAACGCAGAUUUGCCUAGUUAAUUCUGUGGGUGUAUUUAAUAAGCGGUUCAAUUGAGCUUUAUUUUUUCUGUUUUAGACCAAUCGUUUCUGGAAUUAUGUAAAUUGUAUGUCUUUUGUGACACCAGUGGAAGAUAUAUUGAUUUUAGGCAUUAGGUGUGGCUGAAUAAAGAGUUAAUAUAAAAUCA